UUUGGAAUAUCUCCAUUCAAUGAACAUCAGACACCGAACAACAUGGUGGAGAAGACGGGGAUUUGCUAGAUCUCUGACUUCGGAGUUUCGACGAUCUCGAUGUAACUACUAAAUGCGUCACAUGCGACGCAGGGCGUGGUUUUUUGGAUGGCGCCAGAGGCCACACAUCCCCAGAAAGAAGGCUAUAACUACAAAAUCGACCUUUGGAGCGUGAGCUACGUCGUCCUCGAGAUGUGGACAGGACAGCGGCUGUGGAGUGAUGAUGAAGCUAUAAUGGUCAUGUUCAAGGUAUACCAGAAGCAACCCUUGCCCAUACCUUCCUAUGUGGUGCUGUCUGAUCUUGGAAAAGAAUUCAAGCACAGAUGUUUCGCAAUGGAUCUGGAAGAACGCGCAAGCUACAGAACUUUAGCAACAUCCAUACUUGGGGCUUCCAGAGGGCUCGGUAUUUAACAAUUUCAAGUAGGGCCUCAUUCAGAAUGUCUCUUUUCCAAGUAGAAAGUGCGCUCAUUGUCGUCUCCCCUUCAUCAUCU